GGGUGCGAAAAUUGCAGCCGUUUCUAGGGGGGCGGGUGGGGGGUCUUCGGGUCCCCCAGUGGGGCUGGUACUGAAGGAGGAGGAAGAAGAAAAAGGAGAAGAGGUCAAAGUAGCCCCACCUUCUGCGUGGUGGCAGCCCUCAGGUGGAGGCGAGGUAGAGGGGCGUGGCGCCAGCCGCAAGUCGGAGCAGAACCUCCAAGGCGAGGGAGGAGCCGGCCCAGGAGGAAACCGGGCGUUGCAAGGAACCUGAUAGAUGCAGACAGCUGCCGUCGCUCCGGCGUUCUCUUUCGGGCAGGAGCGGCCGGUGCCGUUUGCAUCCAGAGGGCGGCGGGGGAUGGGAAGAUGCCGCUGGAGGUGAGGUGGCCCUUCCCGCGGGCCCCGAGUCUCCCCUGGAACUUGGCCAGCAGGCUGAUCAUGGGCCUGGUGGGCUCCUACAGCUGCUUCUGGACAAGUCUUGUGGCUCACAUGCUCCGUGUGUUCAUGUGCUUGUGUCUCUCUGCAGGCAUUCUAAAAUUACGGCACGUCUGGAACUUGCAGAAGAUGCGGUGGACCCCAACGGCUGCCGACAUCUGUUUCACCCAGGAGCUGCAUUCGCGUUUCUUCAGCCUCGGGCAGUGUGUUCCUAUCUGUCGAGUCCGACUGCCCUUCCUCACCACCUUCAGUCUUCUCCGUCUUCCGUUUCCAGGCAAAGUGAACAUGACCCAGGAAUUCAUGCGCUUCAAAUGGGGUAUCGGGCGUCUCCUGGCCGAAUGCCGUCUGCACCCCAUUAUCCUGCCACUCUGGCAUGUAGGUGAGACCCGAAUCGGGGGAAGAGGAACAAAAUCGGGGAAGGGGCAGCCGGCAGAGAAAGAAGCCGCCGAAGUGGAGAUGCGCAAAGCGUUGACGGACUUCAUCCAGGAGGAGAUCCAGGCGCUGAAAGAGCAGGCCGAGCGGCUGCAUCAGACCUUCAAACUCCAGAGCUAGCGGCGGGGCCAGGAUGAGCAUGGAUUGUGCGCUCCCAGGGACACGAUGGCAGGCGGUCUGUGCGUGGGACACUUCUCCCUUUAGGCCUCGAGUGGGACUUUCCUGCUUUGCCACCCGCCCGCCACCCAGGCCAGGCUACCUACGUACCGGCAUUGCAUGUGGGGGCACGGACGAAGGCUCCCCGGGCACCUCCUGCUACCUCCCCACUCAUCCUCUCUCUUCGUGCCUCUUCAGGGGGAAUUCAGAACUGCUACUGUGUGUGCCAUUCCCAGUUGCCAAAAGUCAGUGAUGAUGCGGGGGAGGGGGGUGUCUCAUGUUCUUUGGUGUUAGUGGAGCAUGUACAGAAGCAGGACGUUUUUUGGGGGUGGGAACGGGGAGUAAACUCAGGCUUUCCUUCCCUCCUUGCUGUGGUCUUCCCUUCCCUGGCUUCCAUUGGCCAGUGGCUGCUGGGAGGACAGGUGGGCUUAGGUUAGCCUGUCUGCCCUGGAGAAAGAUGGGCCCGGGGGCGGUUUUUAAAACUCCAGAUCUUUUCCCAGUAAAUGAUUCCAAACCGGAGAACUGCAGCCUCUGCUGGUUUGUGUGGGGGUGGAGCAGAAGCAGGGCUGAAAGGCGUCUUUCCACAGGCGCGUUGGGCUUCUGAGCAGGGGGAUGAAGGAGGGGGUGGAGCUGUCCUCUUUACAGCCGGACGCCUCUGCUUCCAACUCCGGCAGAGCGGUCCCACCUACGCCCACAGUGGAGACCGAUUGCCCGCAACUCAGGUAGGCCCUCUCCUUCACCUGUGACCUCUCUGCAGGGUGGACUGCACUGCAGAGCCAGAAACCUUGUACAAGGUCCGUGUACAAGGUUUCCCAGCACAUGCCACCCUCCUGCCUUUCCUAAAACCCUUCCCAAGACGCUUUUCUCGCCCCAUCUCGGUUUCAACCACUGCCACCACCUGGCCUUGGGAGGAAUUGCCAACUGGGAGGACCAGGGCUCCUAGCUUCCCUUCGCUGUGUGCCUGUGUCUCCCGCUGCCCAGCAUCUGGAAGUUUAUGUGGUACAGAGAACCUCU